GCCCGGUGGAAUGUAGGGUGGCGCGCUCCCGCGGGCGCCCGCGGUGCUGCAGGCAGGCAGGCAGGCAGGCAGGCAGGCAGGCAGGCAUUCGGAAUGGCCCCCCGCUGGGCGGCCCUGGUGCUGCCCGCCGCUCUGCUGGGCGGGCUGCCGCGCGGCGCGGGCGCCGGGGCGCUGCGGCGGCAGCAGCCAGCUGGGCCCAGGCGGGCGAGCUCCGCGAGCCUGCUGGACAAAGGUCAGCGGAAGUGGAACUGGGAGUCCGCGUCCGAGGAAACCAAGACGGAGUGGGGCAUCGUGCUGAAGAGAUACGUCAUGUUCGACAUGAACCUGCUGGAGCUCGAGCACCGCUGGGACCUGGCCAUGCCUUCGGCCGCCGCUGGUGCCGGCCCAGGCGCUGCGGGCGCCGCCGACGAGCAGCUGGAGAAAGUCCAGGCCAAGGUCGCGAAGCUGCACGACAACCUCGAGAAGGCGGUGCUCGACCAGAACACGAGCGACAGCACCGCCGAGGACAUGCAGAGGGACAUCAGGACGAACCACCUGACCAAGGAGCAGAAGCGCACCCUUCGGGAGGAACACCAGCGUGAGAGGUUCGGCUUCUUCGCCGUCGAGGCCUCGGCGCAGGACGUCUUGUCCCAGGCGACGGCGCUGGUGCAGGCCAUCGCGGCGCGCAGGGCGCGGCCCUCGCAGAGCUGGGCGAGCAUCGUGCCGGCCCCCGCGACCUACCCGGCGCUGCUGCCCGGCAACGCCUCGGCAGGCUGGCCGCCGCCCCCCGCCUCUGGUGCCCGCCG